AUGACAGACGAUCAGAUUCAGCCCCGCAGGCGACGGCGAUCCUCCAUCUCGGAGCGCAUCCAGCGUGCUCUCCACGUCGAUCGCUCAGACAAGAAACGGCAGAGCUUCUCUCCAGAGAAUGAUUCCAAUGGAGUUCGCGCCGGCCAGUCAGCGCCGUCUACAGCUCAGGCGCAGCUUGGAGAAGGCGCGCGCAUAAACAAGACGGAUGCAGCUAUCGGGCACCACACUCCAACGGGCUACUCUUUCCAAGAUGAAACCCUUCCCAGCACACAGACGUACUCCUCACAAGACUCUCGUCUGCCAUCUACAUGUACCCCCGGCUCAAGUCCCUCGGUUCGACCAGCGCAAAUCCAGGACGAACAAUCAAUGCAUCGGUACAUGGCAACGCCCGACAUGAAAAAGUCCAAAGAUAAGAACGAUAUUUGUUCUUCCCCGACAUGGAAGGAAACAGCUCGUAAAGAGAGGCGAGCAACCAAGCGACUGGAAGCAGAGAGAAAAGAGCUCGAGAAACGCCUCAUCCAACUAGAGGAGUCGCAGGCUAGACUAGAACAUGGCAUCUACGAUCGACAAUCCCGACGUCUAACUAAGAAACAGCCACUGGACAGCGGGAAAAGAUCUUCCAGUGCAAACUCCGAAAGACCACGGUCGUCGAGAUCUUUGACAGCCUUCUUUUCAGGAUCACGCCGGUCCUCCCGAUCGCGAGCCAGCUCUGCAAACGGAAACGACCGCCGUCGGUCUUCUGAUAAUGAGAAUCCAGAAGGAGGACCGCCAACUCUGCCUCUCUCAUUAACCGAGCGCUUUGGGACUGCGGUAUCUCGAGAAUUGGCAUCCAGGCAUGGUACUUCGCUAAUUCCCAAUCAUCAGCUCCAACGCUCCUCGCACCUACUCCAUCACACUGCCGCUAAGUCGGAUGAUCUACGGGAGAACUGGAAGAUGGCGGAGGCCUGGCAAAAGCAGAACAGUGAACGUGAAGCGGGUGAUUAUCUGAACGGUUUCAAGACGGAGAUGGGUGUGAAUGCCGGUGCUGGUGGUGGUGCUGCUGCUCAGUCGGUAUCAGAGCCCCUCCAGAAAAAAGAUAAUCCACUCGUGUAUCCUUCAUACACCAAUUCUCCUAUUGACCUCGACCGUGAGCUGUUUACUGCCAGUCUCAGACAGGAAAGGAAGCGCUCGGAGACACAGAAACCUGCAACUCCGUCAGCUUUACGGCCGGGAGGCUUGUCGGUUGCACAAGGUCAGAACUAUUCCCAGACUGCUGAAUCACCAACGACUCGAGUGGCCACGGCUCGUCAACUUCAUAAAAUUGCACAUGGAGAGGACAAAAGGUCAUCGCCAAAGAAAUUGCGCUCUUCCAGUUCAAUCCCCAAGGAUUUGAGGAACGGCACGGAUCACAAUUCACACGCGCAUCAAAAGGAGUACAAAUCGUCUCCUCUGGCCCUGAACCCGGUUACAACAGACGAGAACGACCUGCAGAAAGAAAAUAUGAAGCCACCCAAGGCUUCGGCGGCGGAGCAAAAUAGUCGUGGACUCGUACCACAACCUCUGCGGAUCAAUUUUGAAUUCUCUCGCGGACGGAAUCGACAGGCUUCGUACCCUUCAUCCUCGGACGCGACUCAAACCAGGGCUAAACAAAAUGCUCGUCAAGACCAAAGGGCAACACUCAUGGGUCCUGUAGAGAUCCCGGCAGGAAAUAUCAAACACAAUCAGCGAAGAUGGAACCCCACACCUAUAGCUUUCGAUAAACCUCAGCCCACAGCAUGGGAACUCAGACCCCCUCCGUCCGUGAUUCCUCCCUUGAAACACCCAGGCCGAAAAUACGCUCUAUCCGACAACUCGCCGUAUGGUCGACUAAGCCAUGACGGUCAACAAAUUCCGGCUAUCAUCACAACAGAGGCUGUACCAGUGACCCGCUCGCAAGAAUCAGUACCACAUAUCCGCCAUUCCCUGGCCGAAAUUCCCGCCAGUCAGUCCACCCCCAACGUCCUAGUCGGUCGUGGACAUAGCCGCUCAUCAUCGGGUGCAUCCAGCUAUGACACCGCCGACGAAGAAGUCCUAGACACACCAAACCACCCGUCGCAUCGAAAAACCCAUCCUCCUACCCUGGAAACACAAGAAACCAACAACUCCAGCGCUACUACAACGACCAUAACUCUACCAAACAGCCCCAUAACGAACGAAAUCCAAACUAUCAACCUCAAUCCCAAUCCCAAUGCCACUCAAAUCAACCCACCCCUCUCCCCAGACGGCACGAUAUCACUAAUCCGCCGCAACCCCCUCCAAAAACCCAAGGCCCUCAAAAAAGACCAACUCCUCGCAAAACUAUUCGUCAUAUGCUGCCACUGCCAAUACUGGCACGACCUCCCCUCCGAAAUCUACGCCAAACUCGCCUGUCCAGAACGUAUCCCGCCCGAAUCCUAUCUUGUGCGGAACUUCUCACGCCGCAAUUCCAUCGGGCGUCGGACUUCGUUCAAGGCUGUUUUUGGAGGGAGGGCUCCUGAGCGGCGGUUGAUGGGGAAGCAGGGGUCGGCUUCGAAUGAGAUGCAGCUUGUCAACGCUAGUACUGCUGCUAGUGGUGCUGCUGGUCAGACUGAGAUUGAGAGUGCUGCGGCGAAGUCGGUUUCGUUGGCUUGUUGUUGGUGUGGUCAUGGGAUGAAUCGGGCUUGUUGUCAGGGAUGGACGACUCUUGUGCAGAUGCGUGAGAGACAUCAUUAG